UAAACUGACAUAUUUGACAUUUCUAUGAGCAAUUAGUAGCCUGUCUUUUUUUCUGUCUUUCCUUUUAUGUAUUUUUUCAGUUACUUUAAUACAUUGUGCAUUCAAAUUUCGUGUAUAUAUAUAUAUUCAUCUUCAUAUCUUUGACUUCAUCACCCUUUUCACUUCCUUUUUGUUCAAAAAAGAGUUUUCUUUGAUCCAAGUGAGAAAAAAUGAUAAAAACAUCUGAGUUUUUUAUCUGAUUUUGAGAAGAAAAAAAGAGGGUUUGAUUUGAAUUCUUGGCUUUAUUUUUGAGGGAGUUUUGUUUGUUGAUUGGAAAAAAAUGGCCAUACAAGAAGCUCAGUUCUAUUCUGACAAUGUUUGCUUUGGUGGUGGUGGUGGUGGUAGCGGCAGCGGCGACAAUGGUGGCCUUGGCAGUGGCGCGUUUAAUCAGUUCCUUUUUGAUCAUCGACAGCAACAGUUGCAGCAGCGACAUGAGAUUGAUCAGUUCAUCAUAUCACAGAAUGGGAGAUUGCGAUUGUUGCUGGAACAACAAAGAAAAAAGCAAAUUACUAUGUUUUUAAACAAAAUAGAAUCGAGGGCAUUGAUUUUACUGAAUCAAAAAGACGAGGAGAUACAAAAAGCAAAAAACAAAUUAAUAGAAUUACAAAAUCUGUUGAAGAAACUAGAGAUGGAUAACCAAGGAUGGAAAAAAGUGGCUUAUGAAAAGGAAGCAAUGGCUAUGUGUUUGAACAACAAGCUUGAAGCGUUAAAAGAACGAGCUUCGUGUUGUUUCAUCAAUGGAGUCGACGAUGCAGAAUCAUGUUGUGAAGAUGAGGAUACAAGAAUGGUUUGCAAAUGUUGUAAUAGCCGAAGUAGUUGUGUUUUGUUCCUUCCUUGCAGACAUCUUUGUUCGUGUAAGAAUUGUGAAGCCUUGCUUGAUUCUUGUCCUGUUUGUAAAACAGCAAAGAAAGCUAGCAUAGAGGCGUUGGUUUCUUAG